AUGCUGGAUGAUACGCCAAUGAUCCGAGACCUUGUGGACUGGGCACGCGAGCACCGGACCUCGCUUCAUCAGGACAUCGAGGUCUACCAGGAUCCUCUCACCGGACUCUCCUUUCGAGCUGUGAAAAGUCUACCACAGGCCACAAAGAUUGUCAAUUGCUCUUACCAAACAACGCUCUCUUACCUCAAUGCUAUUUCCGCAUCUUCUGUUUUCCAGAAUCACAAGUCUGUUUUAUUCCCGCCUGAGUUCAUCGAUGCUUUGAGGCAGGAAGAUCCAAACAUUAUUGGCCAUUUCUUCUUAGUGCAGCAAUUUCUGAUGCGUGAGAAAUCGUUUUGGUGGCCUUACAUCAAGCUGCUCCCUCAACCCAAUGAAUUCGAAAGACUCGCUAUUCCAAACUGGUGGCCUGAAGCAGACCGGCGAUUCCUGGACGGCACGAAUGCAGAACCGCCCAUCAAGAAGCGCGAGGAACUGUGGAGAGGAGAGUGGAGCAAGGGAGUUACCCUUCUUCGGGAAAGAUUUGAGAACUGGGAGGAAUACACAUAUCCUCUAUACCAAUGGGCUGCGACAAUCUUUGGAAGCAGAAGUUUUCGAGCAUCUUUGACCAUUCCAGAAGGACUCAUGGGGCAAUCAGAGACCCCGCCGGAUGAUCGAUCUCUGACCUUGGACCACAUCAAGAAAGACAGGUUCUCUGUUCUCCUUCCGUUAAUGGACAUCGGGAAUCAUAGUGGGGUCAACCAAGUCGACUGGCUCCCAGACGCCAUUGCUGGAUAUUUCAGUCUUUCAAUCCGCGAUACAAUUGCUGAAGGAAGCCAAAUUUUCAACUACUAUGGCAACAAGUCCAACAGCGAGCUGUUGGUAGCCUAUGGUUUCAUUCUUCCAAACCCAGAGAACGACAAGGGCAAUCUGAAAUUGACACCGUCCCCUGAUGGAAUGCAACUUCGUCGCUCUCAAUCCUGUCAUGUUUUCCACGAUCAUGCUCAACCAGAGCAGGAAUUUAUGUUCCAUGUCAAGACGAGCAAUGGGAAAGCUGGCCUACAAGAACUGCUCAAGUCCUUCUCUGAGGGCCUUAUGGAUACGAUGAUUUGCAUGGUAGCCAGCGCAAGGGAAAGGAAAUUCAUAAUAGAGAGCCCAGGCUAUUGUAUCGAAAAAGAUGCGGCACCAUUCGGAGGUCCUCUCUCUCGAGCUUUCAUUCAAUCACUAAGUCUUAUUUGUGAAAAACUUCAGUACGAGAUGGAGAGGACCGAAGCUUCUGGCGCAAAUCUGGGUGAGCCACAGAACCAGAAUCAACGGAUUGCCUUGGGGUACAGACACAAUCAACUCCGCGUCCUCGAAGAAGUACUUGACUCGGCCAUGGAUUAUUUACAGCGGGCUAUUUCUUUUAACCACCUUUGUUCACACGGUUCAUCGAGGUCCGAAGCAAACGACAAAGCCAAUUUUCUAUCUUUGGAAUGCGCUUUUGGGUGGCUACAAAUGGAUUACCGGCGUGAACACGAUGCUGUGAUGAAGCUAAUUGCCAAAGACCAAGAAGAACCUUUGCCACUGAAUUGGGCCGCUGUAGUUGAAGACUGGGACAGGACAUACUGGAUCGUGUGGAUUUUACUUCUCUGGAUGUUGUGGCACCGGAAUCCGGACGAGUUUAAGGCGGGGUAUCUAAAUGAUCUGUGGGGAUGGCAAUCAGACUGGUAUUCGUAA